AAUCUUGGAUAUGGAGCUAGACUUCUAGUGGAAAAUGCUUGUCUAUUGCAAACAAGGGUAAAUUAUUAUUUAUAGUGAAGUUCGAAACUCUGAAUUGUCCCUGCAUGCAAGAGGCUGUGAUCGGACCGACACCCUUGAAUCUCACCAACCCGCCAAAAUAAGAAAGAGCUAAAGCUUUUCCUUGGUAACACAGAACGAGUCAUUGACGAUGGAGGACAAAAGUGAACCUUGUCUCUACAGUCUUCCUUAACUCCUAAGGCGGAGAAAGCAGGGUCAAACAAAGACAACAGGCAUUUCCAUUUAGCAAAAAUCCAAACAAAAUGCAGGCCAAAGGACGGCCAAUUCGCAUUUCUUGAUUGUUCAAAAAUAAAUCUCUAUGCUGCUCACAAUCAUUUCAUAUGUAACUCCUUUCAUUACCAUUACUAUGUCACCUAGCAAUCAACGUGCUUUUGAUUCCCUGCGAAGAGUUAAGGAUUCUGAAAAAUGGGGUGUGUUCAGACCAAGAGUUCAACAUACUCGCCUCCUCAGACACUAGAGAAGUUGAAACAAGAAAAUGGGUAUGUUAAGAGAGAGAAUGGAGGGAGACCUACUGGUCAGAGAGAACUUGGAAAGUUGUUCAGGCAAGAAUUGGACAAGAAGAGAGAGGUUGCCGUGAAUGGUGCUGUCAAUGGAGGAGAUAAGUUGGUUGUGGGAGAAGGGUUAAAGAAUGAUGUUGGAAAUGUGUCACAAAGAUUUUCUUCGAAGAAGGCAGGGGGAGAGGAACUUGUAGAUGGGUGGCCAAAAUGGCUUGUUGACAACAUUGCUGGAGAUGUUUUGGCUGGUUUGGUUCCAAAGAGUGCUGAUUCUUAUGAUAAGCUAGCUAAGGUAGGCCAGGGAACUUAUAGCAAUGUGUAUAAAGCUCGAGAUAGGGACACUGGAAAGAUAGUUGCUCUAAAGAAGGUUCGGUUUGACACAUCAGAGCCUGAAAGUGUCAAGUUUAUGGCAAGAGAAAUAAUGAUGCUACAGAAGCUAGAUCAUCCAAAUGUAAUCAAGCUUGAAGGACUAGCCACAUCAAGGAUGCAAUAUAGUCUUUAUCUUGUCUUUGAUCUCAUGCAGUCAGACCUAACCAGGAUCAUCUCUCGUCCAGGCGAAAGGCUCACUGAACCACAGGUCAAAUGCUACAUGCAGCAACUGCUUUCAGGUCUCCAGCACUGCCAUGAGAGGGGUAUUCUGCACAGAGACAUUAAAGCUUCCAACUUGUUGAUAGACAAAAAUGGGAUGCUGAAAAUCGCAGAUUUCGGGCUAGCAAAUUUCUUCAUACCUAAACCAAAACGACCCCUUACCAACAGAGUGGUAACACUUUGGUAUAGAGCCCCAGAGCUAUUAUUAGGUUCCACUGAUUAUGGAGUAGGUAUUGAUCUUUGGAGUGCUGGUUGCUUAUUGGCUGAGAUGUUCAUUGGAAGGCCAAUCAUGCCUGGAAGGACAGAGGUUGAGCAACUUCAUAGGAUUUUCAAGCUCUGUGGUUCACCACCAGAGGAUUAUUGGAAGAUAAUGAGGCUACCAACAAGUUUCAGACCACCUCAGCACUACAAACCUAGUUUCCAAGAAGCCUUUAAGGAUUUUCCUGAGUCUUCACUUGUCCUCUUGACCACACUUCUCGCUCUGAACCCAGCAUAUCGAGGCACUGCUGCUUCUGCUCUCCAAAGUCACCAGUUCUUCUCUUCGAGUCCAAUGGCAUGCGAACUUUCAGGUCUACCAGUAAUUUACAAAGAGGAGGAUGAGCCAAAUCAAAUCGAUGAUCGGAAAAAGCGCAGGAAUCCAAAGAAGCACUCAUCUCGAGCAAGACAAGGUGGUCAAGGGAGAAAGAACUCAUUUUCUCAACGUGCCAAAGAAGAAACAGAAUCUUCUAAAGAGGUGGCGAAAAUCUCAGAGCCAAGCAUGAAUUAUGGCCUUGAGACAGGAAACAGUGCAAGCAGCAGCACAUCCUGGGGUCUAAAAUCAAUACUGAGGCAAGAACAAGGCCUCCCGCGGCCAUCCUUCUCGCCGAUUCUUGAUCAGAAUCAGAACAGAUCGAUAAGAACGGAGGCUCAUCCUAAUGCUACCAAGAACAUCCAGAAUUUCACCCUUUUACAGGCUUCUAUAACAGACAUCAUUAACCUUAAUGGAGGCAAUGCAAUGCCAGGUGGUUACCGCCGGUCUGUUUCUACGCUGGACGUUCGUGCUCUUGAUCCAGAAAAAAUAUCAAAACUCUUUGGACUUGAUAAAGAUUAG